AUGAAAGUAUUUAGUAAUACACCGAAAAAGGAAAGCAUGAUGGCCACCUAUCCUGAACUGAAAAAAUACCAACCAGUGAGAAAAGCACCGAACAAAGUGAAGCAACAAUUGGAUGAUAUCAACGACACAAGGCACCAGUCUACCGAACAGGAUACACCAAACAGCAAAAAAAAAGGACACCAAUUGACAAAAGAAGCAUUGAACUGGAUGACACCAAUGACGAACCUACUACCCUAA